AUGAAAGAGGCUGCAGGGAGGGGCGGGCGCGCGCCCUGCGUCACGGCGCUACUCGGAAAUCAACGUUGCAUCUAUAAAAGCCUUCAGCUCGGAGGCUCGGCAGUCAAUCCGAGAGCCGGCGGCUCAGCGACAGCACAGCACAGCACACCACACGAGAUGACGCGGCACGUGCAAUCUGACGAGCGCCCCCGACACGGCGCCGCCGCCGCCGCCUCCGCAGCACGCGUCACGGUGAAAGCAGAUAAAGAGACCCUGAGGAGGUGCCGGUCAGCGCUGGCGGUGCUCCUGGUGGCAGCAGCGGCGCUGCUACCCGCCGCCCACGCCGCCCCCGCUGCCGCCCCCACCGCCCACAAGGCGGACGACUGGAUCGACCCCUGCGGCAUAUACAGGGAUGCCCCCGGCGUCCUCAACAUGAAGAACGUCAAGAAGGUGCUCAAGGUGUUCCGGAAUUACCUGCACGGCACCUUCAACAGCGUGAAGAAGGAGUGGGAUCGAGCCAGCAGCGUCUACCAAGGGCUGAAAGAAAUUGAAAUGGACAUGGAGUGGCUUCCAAGGAACCAGUACAACCACUACAAGGACACAAUCCAAGGGCUGACACUUCCCGAAAAGCCGGCCCACGUCCUACAGCACGUGCACGACGGCGUUCAGAAGUACCUGGCCACAGUGGCGUGGCUGCAAAGGGACGAAGCCAGCAGCCUGCUACUGCACAAGGACCUCGCCACGCGCGCCCACUUCCUCUCCGAGAUACGCAGCAAGCUCAAAAGUUUGCAGUGCGCGGCGCAGAAGGCGAUCGUGGACAGCAAGGUGCGGCUGCAGGUGCAGCGGCCGCAGCUGGAGGAGGUGGUGGACGCGGUGCGCCACCGGCAGCCGUCGCAGGGCACGCCGCAGCUGCUGCUGCGCGACCGCACCUACCUGGCCCUCCUCAAGGCCUUCCUGGCCGACUGGCAGAAGGUGGUCGGCGAGGUGCUCAAGGAGGUGACGCGCGACCUCAAGAAGAAGAGCAGGCAGCCGAGGAAGGACGCGACCCGCGGCGUCAAGAGCAAGAACACGACGGCCGCCCCCCGCCGCCAGCGCCACAAGAAGCGGAAGGACCAGCAGCGGCGCCAGCAGGCGUAG